ACACUUACACCGAAAAAAAAAUAAUAAAAAAACGAUCAACUACAGCUCCUCAAAAACCGACAAGAAAUAUCAAUAAAAAAUUACAAAAACAACGUCAAGUAUUUAUUUAUCAUUUGCAAAAAGCAUUAAUCAAGUCUAGUGAUGUAGAAUAUAAAAAGUUUUUUGCAGUGUUGUGUUUUUUUUUUGUAUAUUUUUUUAAUGUUUUAUUACACAUAAAGACAGCAUAACCUUCAACAAUGUUUUGAUAUUUUAUGUGUGUGUGUGUGUUUUGUUUUUAUUGUAGAAAAAAAUAUUUCAACAAAAAAAAAAUACAUUUAUAACUUUAGUAUUGAUUAUAAACAUUGACAUUGUUGAAUAGUAUUUCGAUUGAAUUAAUUAAAUUUGUGCUUGGCAAGAUGACUGAUUAUAUAUCAGCUGAGUUGGCAGCAACAUGUGAUGCUUUGGGAUUUUAUGAUGGUGUAAAAUAUCAUUUGGAUGCUGAUGCACUCAAUGUUAUAAAAGAUUUGAUAAAAUAUUUGAAAAGAGAUGAUGAUACUCAUACAGUACGUCGGUAUUUGGGACAAACAAAAUUAUUGGAAAAUGAUUUAUUACAAAUAGCAAUUCAUCAUAGUAAUAAUGAAGAACUUUGGGAUGUAUUAUUGAGAUUAAUGAUAAAUUUAACAAGUCCAGCUUUGAUGGUUUACAAUGAAGAAAUACCAAAAGAAAAAACAAAUAGAAAUUUGUAUUUACAAUUAGUUGGUUAUUUACAAUCAUACAAAACAUCAUUGACUGAUGAUCGUCUUUGGAAAGUUGCCAGUAGUCGUUUGAGUAAAAUAUUAGAAAUGGAACCAGGUGAAAGAGGAGAAGAAAAUAGUUUAAUUAUUGAACGUAUAUUGACAUUGAUUAGAAAUAUUCUUCAAGUUCCACCAGACGAUAAUGAAAAACGUGCAAAUACUGAGGCCACUGUUCAUGAUGAGGUAUUGUUUGCACUUCAUACAUCAAGGAUUGUUGAUUUACUUUUAUUUAUUAGUAGUAAUAGCAGUGAGCAGCAAUAUCAUAUGCAAAUAUUGGAGAUUAUUGCACUUAUGCUACGUCAACAAAAUGCCAUGAAAUUAGCAACAACUGGAAUUGAACGUACAGUUGCUGAAAAAAAACGUGAAGAAGAAGAAUUAUUGUUAAUACGUCGAAAAGAAAUAACUGAAAAAAUUGAGAAAAUUAAAAAAUACAGUGGUUCAAGGCAUUCAAGAUUUGGUGGUACAUUUGUGGUGGAAAAUAUGAAAGCCAUUGGGGACAACCAGAUGAUUUGUCAUAAACCAUUUCAAAAAGUUGAGGCUCUUGAAUUAGCACGAGACAAGCCAAAAUUAAAAGUAGCUAAAAACCGUAGAUUUGUUGAAGCAAGACUUGAAGAACGCAUAUCAGCAUUGAGCGUUCGUCUAUUUUUAAAAGAAUUUUGUGUGGAAUUUUUGAAUGCUUCAUACAAUGCUGUUAUGAAAUAUGCAAAACAUUGUAUCGUUGGUAGUAAUCAAGCAGCUUCAUUAGAUGUCAGUUAUUUUUUUUGGACUCUACGUUUCUUUAUGGAAUUUAAUCGUCAUCAUAAAUUUCAAGUUAAAUAUAUCUGUGAGACUAUGGGAACUGAAAUAUUUCACUUGACACAGAGACAAAUGGAACAAUAUUACGAAUUACUUAUUACUGAUAAAAAAAAAGGUAUUUUUUGGGCAAAAAGAUUGCAUAUUGCACUCAAAGCAUAUCAGGAACUUUUGCUUACUUUAAUUACCAUGGAUAAAGAUAUUGAUGCUGGUGUUAGAGAAUCCAGUAAGGUCAUUAAAAGCAAUAUAUUUUAUAUACCAGAAUAUCGGGAAACGAUACUCACACAAUUUCUAUCCUACGAUGGAGUUAAAAUGUCACGGGAUUACUUGGAGGACUUGGCAUGUACGGCUCACAUUUUCUUGAAGAUGCUUGAACAGUUUAACAAAGCUGGACGUGCACUAAUUGUAAGAAAAACUAAACAAAAAAGACGUAAAAAAAAUAAUAAAAAUAAGAAAAAAACAACUGAAGAAAAUCCAAAAGUAAUAAAAAGUCUUGAAGAAAAAUGGGAUGAUAUUGGUCCAGAAUUAUCAGCAGUUAUGCAAGACGCAGUUAUACCAGAUGUCAUACCAUUUGAUGCAACUCUAGACUCUCCAAUUGAAGAACAAAAGAGUACUGCAAUGAAGAAAAUUCAGAAAUUUUUGAGGAAAAAAGAAUUCGAUCAAGCAGUUGGUCUUCUUCGUAGUGCAAGAGAAGUUUGGCCAGAAAAUGAUUGCUUUGGAAAAGCAGAUAUUUUAGUUGAGGAAGAAUUUCUUGCACUGCGUGAAAUAUUCUUGGCUGAUCUUGGGGUUGUUGAGGAAGUUGAAGCUGACAAAACGGAAGAGGAAAAUGUCGAGACCUUUUUGAACAAUGAAAAUGAUGAAAGAGAUGAUGGUGAUGAUGAAGAAGAUGAAGAAAAUGAUGAUGAACCACAAUAUCAUGAAACAGAAUUUAACUAUGAUGAAUUUCUACGAAGAUUUGUCAAUGUUAAAAUCGUCAAAGGAAUGGCAAUUCUUCUGAGUAAUUUUGAUAAUAAUUCAGCUGAACUUAAUCAUAUUAUUGUUAAAAUGUUACACAGAAUUGCAUGGGAUUGUAAAAUGCCAUCAAUGAUAUUUCAAGCAACAAUAUUUCGUUCAUUUCAACGUAUUUUUGAAUCGAAAAAACCAGAACACAAAGAGUUGAAAAAGUUUGCUGUCUUUAUAAUACGCCAGUUUGCGGAAGUAGCUGAAAAAAACCAAAAAGCGUACAUGGAAUUACUCUUCUGGAAGAAUACAUCUCAGGCAGUUGAGAUGGUUGAGGGCUAUGACAUUCAAGUUGAAAAUAAAAAACUUAAACGCACCGGCUGGACGGAAACUGAAGAAGAUGAGUUACGUACUUUGUUCAUGGAACAUCAAACUAAUAAGCAUUCUCAAGAUGUUGUUGAUUGGAUACUUGAAAACAUGAUAAGAGAAGAUCGUACUCGUCGUAGUGUUGUUAAAAAACUCAAAGAACUUUAUCUCAUAACAAAUACCAAGAAAUCAACGAGAAUUCAUUUACCAGAAGAAUGGUCAGAAGAGGAAAUAACCCAGCUCACAGAAUUGUGGGAAAUUCAUAGAAAUGAUAUCGAUGUAGUUGAAUCUAUAAGCAAUGGUUUGACAAUAAAAAGAAAAAAAAAUAAAAUAAAAGAAAAGCUUUUGGAACUUGGAUUGGCUAAAGACAAAAAAGAACUUCAUAAAAAAAGAAAGAAGAAAAGCGAUGGAUCACAAAAAGCUUCAUUGGAAACUCAAUCAUCAAGUGAAAGGUCAGAUAGCAGUGACAACUCUGAUAGUGAAACUUCUGAUACAGCAUCAAAAAGCAAUUCAUUAAAAAUAAUUAAAAAUAAUAAUAAAAAAUCAUUUAAAAAUAAUAAACAACCUGCUAUUGUUUAUUCUGAUGGACAAUUGUCAGUAUUAAUAAAACAAGUUAUAAGAGAAGGAAAAGAAAUGAAUAAAGUACUUGAAUGGUUGAGAGAAUCUCUUCAAGAUGCACUUGAUGAUAGAGAUGAAGAAAGUAAUGAUGGUAUAUCAUUGGUACCAUUGACUGAUGAUUCAUCAUUUGCAAUGGAGACACCAAGUUUUCGUAAAUUAUUACGUGCAUUUGGAAUUGAACCACCAGCUAAUGAACAAGAAAUUCAUUGGCGUAUACCAGCAACUAUGUUACCAUCAACAAUAAGAAAACGUUGUGAACUUAUUACAAAUUCACUUGCUGGAAAUUUCAUUGAAGAAGAAAAUACAGAAGUUCCUGAGAUUAGAAGUGAUAAUGAUGACAAUGAUAAUGAUGACAGUGAUUCAAGCGAUGAUAAUCAUCAAUCUGAUUUGGAUAAUAUUAAAAAAUUAUUCAACAAUAAUUCAAACAAAAAAAAAUUCAACUCAGUGGAAAGUCGUCAAAUAGCUGAAGGCGAUGACUCAAGCAGUGAUGAAGAUACUUUGCCAACAAAAACAAUGAUGAAGAAAAGUGUUGAGAACAAGUUGACCCCCAAGAUGAAAAAUAGUGACAAUAGUCAAGAUAAUAAUAAAAAUGAAAAAUUAAAAUUGAACAAGAGUCGUCUUAAAGUAAUGCAAGAUUCUUCAGACUCAGACUCUGAAAUGAAAAUUGAUAAUAACGAUGAUGAAAAUAGCAUUGCUGAAACAAAAAGAAAUCGUUCAGACAAUUCUGACAAUGAAACUCCAAUAAGUAAAAAACGUCGAGUAAUUCAAAUUAACAGCGAUGAUGAUACUGAUGAUGACAAAGACAAUGAUGCUGAUAAAAAUGAAGAAAAAAAUAAUGAAACACCAGAAAAAAAUAUCACAAAACAAUCACGUAGAAUCAUCAGUGAUGAUGAAGAUGAUUAA